UAACAGUCUAGCAACUCUUCUGCUCCUCUGAAUGCACUGUUUUCUGAACUAAACCCUCUUACAGACACAUUUUAUAGUAUGUGCACACAGCGUUGUACUCUAUGAACAGCCUCCAAAAAAGUAAAAGUCACUACUACUACGCACUGAAGUUUCAGAGAGCCGACAUAUUUAGCACUUGGUUAUGUUUAAGCUUAGAAGAAGUUCUUUAACUACAACGUGUGGUGUCCUGUGUGUGCUUUCAUGGCCGCAGGCUGUGUGGUCUGUACCCAUGUAAGGUAUUGAAUCCGCUACUACUGUAAUAAGUGAGGAAUGAGGCAAGAGGGAACACAGGCCCGCUAACCACUGUAGAGGCAGCACCCAUCGUGCUUUCACAACAGCUUUUAUUUUUUUAGUUUGACUUAGUUGGAAGGCAAUAAGGAGACACAUUGGACGUUAAACUAGUUGUUAAAGGAGGUAUACAUAUACAGAGACAAUUUAUAUGUGGAUUAGUCUCUUUUUUUCCUCUUCCAGAGUGCUCCCACCGGGUCAACUAAUUUAAUUUAGGUAAUAAAGAGUUCAUGUGAGGUUGGUUUUAUGGAUCAUGCUUUUAGCAGCUUAACAUUUUGUGUUGCAGCUAAGAAACAUUUCACUUUAACAACAGAGAAAUUUACUUUGGAUCAGACAUACAGGCUGCAGUUAUUUCAGCAUAAUUACAAGCUACAUACAGAUGCAGAUGGGUAACAAAUUGGGACCACUUGUUCAAACUCAUUGUAGUUUGUGGGUGACAUACACUAAAUUUGAUCUCAGGUGGGCAAGAACAGUAAAAACAGUUAAAUAGUAACAAAAAAAUGUUUUUUCCAAACUAUUGGAUUAUUGUUAUAUGUAAUCAAACAUCCACUUACAAAACUUUUGAUUUGAACUAUUGAGAUGUGUUAACCUCUUAACAUCCAGCAGGUCAUUGGCCACCUGUCUGGUGUAAAUUGGAAUUUACAGCCUCGCGUCUGUGUCCGCCUGGUCUUUGGGUAUGCAGAGGAAAGGAUGAUUGUUAUGUAACACACACAGAUGUGUUGGCAUGCAUUACUCAUAAAGAAAACAGACACAUAGCCCGUGGAAAGGACGCGGCAGCUGAGUUCGUCACAAAGAGGUAGAAUCCUGAAAUCAAUUAAAAAAAUAAUAUAUCCCUUUCUUUUACUGAAGGGAAAUAUUAAUAUGUCCCACAAACGUUCACAUUUGAUGAAUCAUUUGUUUACUAAAUAGACGAUAAACAGGCUGAGAUGUGUUAAUAUAAAAUACGGUCAGUUUCAACACUUCAUCUUAGUUUUUCCACAUUCAGUUAGUCGACUGUCAUUACAAAGAAACAGACCAGCAGAGCUGCUUGGCAUAACCAGCUUACUUUGGAAACAUCUGUAGUUCAGACUUCUGGCUUGGAUGAAAUUAACUGUUGUGUUACCACUCUCAUGGGCUCAUUAUCAAUGACUUGCAGCUUAAAGCUUCCUGGUGCUGAAAGUCCAAAAAUGUCAGUUUUGUCCUCCGUUUUAAAAAUUAUAUUCUGCAUGUCCAGUGGAUCCUUUGGCAACCUUCAUUCAUUCAUUCAUUCUGGUCUGAUAUAUUAGGCCAAGCUCUCCACUCUCCUUUCAGUAUAUUUCCAAAAACAUGGAGAAUUAUUUCCAGGGAGGACUGAGUAAUGCCGUACUACCAUACAACAUUAGCUUUAUUUGUAAACCACUUUAAAAACGACCCACAAGGAACCAAAGUGCUGUACAGAAGACUAGAUAAGAGACAUAAGGACAUAGUAGCUCAGAGAAGUAGGGUGAGGCAAGACCACUGAGGGCUUUAUUAGCAAAUAAAUUCAUUCUAAAAGGAAUGGGCAGCCAAUGGAGGGAGACGUGCUCAUAUUCACAUGUGCCAAUUAAAAGACCGGCAGUAGCAUUUUGUACCAUCUGGAGACGAGCGAUGGAGGAACCACUAACGCCCAUAUAAAGUGCAUUACAUUACUCCAGCCGAGUGGUGACAACGGUGUGGAUUACUGUGUCAAAGUGUUGCCUAGAAAGAAUUGGCUUUUAUUUUAGCCAGCUGCCCUGACGUCAAGCUAGAGGUCAGCGUCCACUUUGACCCCUAGCUUUGUGAUAGUUGGCUUGAUAUACUGGGCCAAGGAAUCCAGAUCUAUAGGGGUGGUGCGAGUGGUGCUGCCAAAAACCGCUUCUUCUAAAAACUGGAGAGCCAUGCAAGCCUUUAUGAUGUCAGGACACUUUGCAAAAGUCUAACAGAGUGUGCGUCAUUUGCUUGUUUUAAUUUGCCUCAGUCUGUAUUUAUUUAAAGUGAACCUUUCUGUCAUAUAUGCACUAUUUCAGCUGUGGAUGAUCAUAUUAAACAUGGGCAAAGUUCCAAAUAUUGAGUAUGCACAAGGAAUUCAAGCUUAUUUAUAUGGUAAGGUCCAGGAACUCAGCUCUUGUUAUUACACAGAAGCACCACCCUCCUGCUGGCCAAAGUUUUGUUUGUGAGGGGCUACAGAUGAAAGUUGGCUUGAAGGAAGGAGAGGUAAAACAGCUUGUUUCGACCUGUGAAUCCUUUAAAGAUGCUCUAGUAGAAUCCUACAAUGGUUUAAUAGAUAGCAGAGCACGUCUGGUUUCAAAACACUAAGAUCAGUCAGCUUGUGAGCGAUGAAUGAUGUCUCGGUACCAUCAGCAUAUCUUUGGAAACAUUUGUCAUAAAAGCUGGUGAAGACACUGCUUAUUUGGUUGACCAGCAGUUAUCUGUAAUGCACUCGGUCUUACUCGCUUUGCUCCACAUGGUCAGAGGUCAGGAUCAGGUACAGAAUAGCAGCUGUGGAGCUGAUAGCGAUUCACUCGACUUCUCAUGGACACCUCUGCCCGCUUCAUCUUCCUCUGUAAUAGUUCUUUAACACUGCUCUAUUUUAACUACCAGGAACGUGCUUUAAAUAAAUGUCUUCCAAAAGGCUUCUUUUAAAUGCUCAAUUCAGUUUAUUACCAUGCCGGCUUGCACUGGAAAUACAACAGGCUCCACAGAUGACAUUCAUUGUUGAAGGCCAGGUUUUAUCAUGGAAUGAGAAAGGUCCCCUUCAGUCGGAUGAUUACUUUCUGUCAGUCAGGAUACUGUUGCACAGCUGAGCCCCAUUUUAUGUUUGCUUUGCCCAUAGGACAUGCAUGCAAUCUCAUUAUAUCAAUACGGGCUCAUGUCCCCUACACACAGACACACACACAGAGUAUAUAUGCACAGAGCAGUGUGUAGGACGUCUGCAGUGUGUUCUAUGAUUUGAUGGAAAACGUGGGCUGGUCGCUCUCGUACUGAUCAGUGAAUAAAUUUAGGUCCAUGUGACAUUUAUGGCUGUCACUGCAUGUGCCGGGGAGAGAGAGGGGCCGCCGACUGGAACGGGAGUAAUGACUGGAUGAGAGGAAGAAAGGGAACAGGUUGGAGGGGAUGUGAAGGAAGGGAAAGAGAGCUAUGUGAUGUGGACGAGGUGGUAUGAAAAGAGAGGAGAAGGUCAGGAGGUUUCAGAGCAUUAGCGAGGGCUCUGCAGAACUGUGUACUCUGAGUAUGGAGCAAAUACAAUACAUGAAUCAGGGGAGGUAAUUUUAUAUCCUCUGUGAAAAAUCAAACAAUUUUAAUAUUUAUCUUGGGGUCAGUCGGUGUAUUAAAGCUAUUAGAGAGUUCAGCCUGUGGAGAAUGAGACGCAGGGGACAGAGCUGGUCCUGCUAGCCAGGAGAGGAUGCUUGUGACUGGGGGACGGAGACAGACAGACAUGGGCUGUGGAGCGUUAUGCCCUCCAGUGUCUGAGCUUCAGGAGGAGGGGAUAAAUGCCAUCAACCUUCCUCUCAGCCCUUCACACUAUGAGCUGGACCCUGAGGACACCAUGCUCGAGGAGAACGAGGUGCGCACCAUGGUGGACCCAAACUCCAAGAAUGACCGCAAACUGCAGGAGCUCAUGAAGGUGUUGAUCGACUGGAUAAAUGACGUUCUGGUGGGCGAGAGGAUCAUUGUUAAAGAUCUGGCUGAGGAUCUGUAUGAUGGUCAAGUUCUGCAGAAGCUGUUUGAAAAGCUUGAAGGCGAGAAACUGAACGUGGCAGAGGUGACCCAAUCGGAGAUCGCCCAGAAACAGAAGCUGCAGACGGUUUUAGAGCGGAUCAACGAGUCUCUCAAACUCUCCACCAGAAACAUCCGCUGGAAUGUUGACUCGGUUCAUGCUAAGAGCAUAGUUGCCAUCUUGCACCUGCUGGUGGCGCUGUCACAACACUUCAGAGCACCGAUCAGAUUGCCGGAUCAUGUCUCGAUUCAAGUAGUCGUCGUCCAGAAAAGAGAGGGCAUCCUUCAAUCAAGGCAAAUUCAAGAGGAAAUCACAGGCAACACAGAGGCCUUCUCCGGCAGACAUGAGCGUGAUGCUUUCGACACCCUGUUUGACCACGCUCCUGAUAAGCUGAGUGUUGUGAAGAAGACACUGAUCACAUUUGUGAACAAACACCUGAACAAGCUCAACCUGGAGGUGUCUGAACUGGACACGCAGUUUGCAGAUGGUGUUUAUCUGGUGCUGCUGAUGGGGCUGCUGGAAGGAUACUUUGUGCCGCUCUACAACUUUUUUCUCACACCAGAGAAUUUUGACCAAAAGGUUCACAAUGUGUCCUUCUCCUUUGAGCUGAUGCAGGAUGGAGGUUUGGAGAGACCAAAGCCCCGACCUGAGGAUAUUGUGAACUGUGACCUCAAAUCAACACUGCGCGUCCUCUAUAACCUCUUCUCCAGGUACAGAAACGUAGACUGAGCGUGACGUGCAUCAGCAGGGAACACUAUAUAACAUGGACCACGUUCUGAAGCUUAAUACCUUUUUCCUUGUAUUGCUAUGAAAAACUAUUUUUAACUCGGUGCAUGCUUCACAUUUUGCUUGUUGGAUAGUAAAUCAAACACAAGUCUGUCUUGUUUAUUUUUGAAAUUUCUGACUCUACAAUAUGAAUUGAACAUUGAACUAAAUAACAGCCGUUGUUGGUGUUUGACUACGACACAGAGGUAAUCCUGUGAGGCGGAUUUGUACGUUUUUAAUUCAGAAAAUAAAAUGUUUAAUUGUAUUUAUUGUACAUUUUGAUACACUGCUUGGUUUUCCAGUUUUUUCUUUCGUUAUUUCAUUCAUAUUCCUUUUUAUGAAAUGUGGAAAGUGCCUUUAUUUAAACAUGCGAACACUGUCAGCUCUUAAUACGUUGAUACUGUGCUAACCAGCUACGCAGUGGUCUUAAUGCUCCAGAUUUCCUUUCAAAACAUUUUGACCAAAGCUCUGUUUUGCUCAGCAGCUGCUCGCUUGACUGUAUUUUAUAUUGUUAAAUUUAUCUUAGUAUAAAUUGCAUAUGCAUUAAUCACACUUUUUAUAAGUUUUCACAUCUUUCUAUAAGACCAGUUAAAUUUGACUGAAUAUAUUAAAUGUAUGUUGUAUUCUACUUUCAAGCCAAUGUCACAUCUGUGCAGACACGCUCUCUAUAAUGCAUCUGUUUAUGUUUUUAGUGCAUUAAAUUCAAUAAAUACUUCAAUCCCUAAA